CGCCGUGUGGCUUGUGUUUGAAAAUCUUCGCGCUGAUAUCCGCAACUGAAAGGCUCCAUGAUAUAGAAAGUGAUAUGUUUUGUAUUAAAUAGCCAGUUCUGCGCUGUCCUGUGGAUAUAUAUAUAUAUUGUUUGGAGAGUGUUGAAGUGAGCGGGCGUCCGAGCCAAAGCCAUCAUGUCAGAAGGACAAGUGUGCAGCCACGUAAAAGUGGUGGUCCGUGUCCGCCCUUUAAACGCCAGGGAAAGAGACGGAAACUUAAAGAAUAUAGUCCGUGUCGUGGAUAACCACAUGCUCAUCUUUGACCCCAAGGAGCAGGAGGUAUCAUUUUUCAGUGGCCAAAAAGCAGGGAAAAGGGAUGUGAGGAAACGAGCGAAUAAAGACCUGAAGUUCGUGUUCGACCAUGUCUUCGGGGAGGAUUCGACUCAGAUGGAAGUGUUCGAAAACACUACCAAGGGAGUAGUCGACGGGGUCCUGAACGGCUACAACUGCACAGUGUUUGCGUAUGGAGCUACAGGAGCAGGGAAGACUCACACAAUGCUGGGCUGCAGUGAAAACCCGGGUGUGAUGUACCUCACCAUGAAAGAGCUCUUCGAAAGAAUGGACCUCAUCAAGGAGGAGAAAGUCUUUGAUUUGGCUUUCUCCUAUCUAGAGGUUUAUAACGAACAGAUUCGGGACCUCCUGGCGAACUCCCCUCCUCUAGCCGUGAGAGAAGAUGCUGCAAAAGGAGUGGUGGUGCAAGGCCUGACCCUUCAUCAGCCCAAAUCCGCUGAGCACAUCCUUGAAGCUCUGGAUUACGGUAACAGAAAUAGAACACAGCAUCCCACUGACGUGAACGCCUCGUCUUCCCGGUCUCAUGCCGUAUUUCAGAUCUACCUGAGGCAGCAGGAUAAGACAGCCUGUCUGAAUCCAAAUGUGCGUGUGGCCAAGAUGAGCCUGAUUGACCUAGCUGGUUCAGAGAGGGCCAGCGCCACCAACGCUAAAGGAGCUCGUCUUCGGGAAGGAGCCAACAUCAACCGCUCUCUUCUCGCCCUGGCCAAUGUCAUCAACACGCUCGCUGACCCGAAGAGUAAGAAGACUCACAUCCCUUACAGAGACAGCAAGUUGACGCGGUUGCUAAAGGACUCGCUGGGCGGGAACUGUAGAACCGUGAUGAUUGCAAACAUUAGCCCGUCAUCGCUAUCGUACGAGGACACACACAACACACUUAAGUAUGCUAACCGGGCCAAGGAGAUCAAGUCCACACUGAAAAGUAACGUUGUGAGUGUGGACAGUCAUGUUGGACAGUAUGCGGUCAUAUGCGAGAAACAGAAGGCUGAGAUCACGGAGCUGAAACAGAAACUGCGAGAGUACGAGGAACGGAAGGCAGAGGCUCCUGCCCUCAAUCCAAUCUCCAGCCAGAAAAGAGCUGAAUUCGAGAAAAUGUCCGAGUCUCUGCGCAGCGCGUUUGCCGCACGGCUGCUCCUGCGUAAGGAGCAGUUGGACAUCGAGAAGCAGCUAAAGGAGAACCAGCUAAGGCUCAGUCACAGGGAGGAGUGGCACCAGCAGGGCCUGCUAUUCUUCCCAGACGACAAAGCAGAGAAGGCCACCUGUAAGUACGAGCGUAAGCUGGCGUCUCUGCAGUCUCAUCGGCAGCACCUACAGAGGCGGCUGGGGGACAGAGGGAAGCAGUUCCAGGAGAAUGAAGGUUGGCUCCAUCGCCUCGAAAACGAAAUGAAACUGCUUGGGCAUGAUGGACACACACCAGAGGAGCUUAAAAAGGAACUGCAGUGCCACAGGCUGAAGCUGCAGGUGGCUGACCUGCAGCAGCACAUUGAGCACAUGCGCCAUCUCAUCGGUUUGCAGGACCAGGAAAACAAACACACACGCAAACUGGUUCAUGCCCUACUUCCUGCCUACCGUCGCCAGAGGCUGGCCCUGAAGGCCGCGGGCAUGUCCACAGACGACACGGAGCAGGAGGAGCUGGAGCACCUGGUGCAGAGAGAGCGGGGCGUGGUGUGGGCCGACCAGGAGAACGCAGAAGAGAAGGCAGAACAAAAUGAAUGCACUGAGCACACCUCUCUCCAGCCCUUCCUGUCUUUCUCUCACCUCAUCACUCACCAGAAUACGCCAUGCAGUGGAGAGAAACCCACACGCCGUGUCUCACAGCGACUCAAACUGUCUCGCUCACCGAAAGGCCCUACUACUGGAGAGGAGCAGGAAUCUGAAACCGUGCCUAAAAUGCCAAUCAGGAGGAAGCUGCCCAUUUCUCCCGUGAAGCCUGGCUCGGGAUGUGAAGGUGCCGCUCCGUCGCUCUGUCCUCCAGGUCUGCAGGAGGUGCUGCGUCAUGAGGGCAUUUGCCCGCUGUCCUACACGCCCGAGACAAAGCCCUCCAACACUCCAGUCUCCAUCCACCCUGAUUCCACCUUUGAUGUGGGCGUAGACGAACAAGGGGAGGAGACGAGCCCGAUUAACAGCACAAUAAUCCUGUCUCCCAAAUCACCCGAGCCUCCUGGAGGUACAAGCCUGAGCCAACUCCGUGUCCUGCGAGCCAAUAAUGCCAACGAUGCCCUGAAAAGGUUGGAGAUUCCAUCUCUUCUCGAACUGCGAAGAUCCAAACCAUCCUACAUGGCCAUGACAUCAGCAGCACAGGGCAAACGCAAGCUCAACUGCUUUGGAAAGGAGAUAGGCCCAGACGUUACCCAGGGUGCUGCAGUGCCCAAACGUAUAAAACGGGAUCCCGCCGAUACCACAAAGCCACUGCGUGUGCGACGCUUUGGAGCACCAUCCGAGAACGAGCCAAGCAGGAGAGUGGUGCGCAGCAUAUCAGAGGGAAACCUUCAUCAGCUCGGCACUCGGAAGACCAAAUCAUCAUUUCUGGGCCCCGCUGCCCUGUUCAAGAAAGUCACGAAGAGGAUGUGAAAUGUCUCCAGAAUAACCACUUAAACACAAGUCUUCUAAAAGCCUCAUGCACUGUUCCCCCUCUCUCUCUCUCUCUCUCUUUCACACGUCUGCUUUAUGGAUAUUGCGAUUCGCUUUGGAGAUACGAGACGUCCUAAGGGUUUAAUCUUGACUGUGUUGAUGUAGUGAAUUUGUUUUAAAUGUACAGCUUCUUAACAAUAUUAUCACUUUGUACAAAGAAUGUUUUAACCUAGUGUCAAGUAAAAUUAACGAAACCUGCCAUGAUUUUUGUUCUUAGUUCCUGAUGCUUAGUUGUUUUCUGUCCUUUUUAAACAAUUAAAGCUCCCCUGUAAGGCAAGACGUUGGAAUAAAUAUCUCUGGACUCUU